CUCCGUUUUCAAGGUUGCAGGACCCUGCAGUGUCAUCCCCGGAGACGUUUUCCAAAUUAACCGGUCAUGUCUUGUGAUAGCUCCUGCCUCGGUCGGUUCUUGCAAUAAGAACUCGCAUUCCCCUGGGCAUCCGAAGCUUCCCUGUGCUCUAACGACAGAGCCUAUCACUAUCUCAGGAUGCCUAGUAUUCGGCUUGGCGUGGCUCUAGCCAGCAGCUUAGCAACCGCACUUGUGUUUCUGCAACUGUUCUCCUUGCUUCAGAACCAUUACCAGCCACUCAAAGUCGCUGCACAGCCUAAGUGGGUGCAUCGAGCGGCUGCCACGGCGGCGGAUGAUGAUGAUGAUGGUAUCUUCUUGCUAGGUGCAGGGAAGGCGGAUAUUACGGGGCCGGUUGUCGAACUAGGGCUGAAUGGAUAUGCUAGCCUGGAACAGAUUGGGACUGGUCUUCGGCAGAGAAUUUAUUCUCGUGCGUUCAUUGUUGCCGAUGCCAAUAGUCCGGAUGAUACCUUUAUCUAUCUCAUCAUGGAUGCCUUGACGGGUGACACUGCUGUGCGACAUGGCGUGCUCGCGGGUCUUGCUAGCCUAGGUGGCGACUAUGCUCGGUACACCGAGCAGAAUGUUGCCCUUACCGGAACCCACUCUCAUUCCGGUCCCGGAGCCUGGAUGAACUAUCUUCUUCCCCAGAUUCCGACGAAGGGAUUUGAUAAAGAAAGCUACCAGGCGCUUGUCGAUGGGGUUCUACUUUCUAUCCAGCGAGCCCAUGAGAGUCUGGCACCUGGGCGUCUGAGCUUUGGGUCGAUCGACCUCGAGGAUGCCAAUAUCAACCGAAGCCCCUACGCCUAUGAUGCCAAUCCGACGGAAGAAAAAGCCCGAUACUCGGCAAACGUGGAUAAGACGUUGACCCUCCUGAGAUUUGAUCGAGAAUCCGACAACAAAACCACGGCCGUGCUGACCUUCUUCCCGGUCCACGGCACAUCGAUGUACGAAAACAAUACCCUAGUCACUGGGGACAAUAAAGGAGUCGCCGCCUGGCUGUUCGAGAGAAGUGUCCAGGGCGACUCAAAGUUUGCAGAUGGCUUUGUGGCAGGGUUUUCCCAGUCGAAUGUCGGCGAUACCAGCCCUAAUGUCCUGGGAGCCUGGUGUGAGGAUGGCUCUGGGCAGGAAUGCCGAUACUCGGAUAGUACAUGUGGCGGAAAGACCGAAGACUGCCAUGGCCGUGGGCCCUUCUUCCGCGAGAAGGAUAAUGGCGCCAAGAGCUGCUUCGAGAUCGGACGGCGGCAGUAUGCCGCUGCGAAAGAAUUAUACAGCCAGCUGGAUUCCAAUCCUGUUCGGAUCUCUUCAAGCACCGACGUCCGCUCUUUCCAUGUAUACCAAGACCUGUCCAACUACACCUUUGUAUCACCAUUCAAUGGCAGCACCCUGCAGACAUGCUCGGCAGCGCUGGGAUUCUCAUUCGCCGCCGGCACCACCGACGGUCCGGGAGUAAUGGACUUCACCCAGAAUGGCACUGGGCCGGCGGAUUCCAACCCUCUGUGGUAUGUUGCUCGCGCGUUCGUUCAUCAGCCGUCGAAAGCCCAGCAGGCGUGUCAAGCGCCAAAAGAGAUCCUUCUUGACAUCGGACCAAUCACACAGCCGUACGCUUGGGCACCGAAUAUUGUGGACAUUCAGCUCCUGCGAGUGGGUCAGCUUUUUAUCAUCAUCUCCACAAGCGAGGCUACCACGAUGUCUGGGCGGCGUUGGAAAGAAGCCAUUGCUCAGUCUGCUACGGACGUUCUUUCGGUUUCUGACCCCCUUGUCGUCCUGGGGGCCCCGUCCAAUAGCUAUGCUCACUACGUGGCCACGGAGGAAGAAUACGGGGUGCAGCGCUACGAGGGUGCUUCGACUCUGUAUGGGCCCAGCACACUGGCGGCGUAUGUCAACCUGACUCUUACGUAUCUGCCGUACCUCGGGCAAUCCCCCAACACAGCCAGUUUACCGUCAUUGUCUACCGGCCUGGCGCCUCCCAUCAACACCGACAAUUCACUCAGUUUUAUCCCGUCGGUGGUCUAUGAUGGGUCGCCGGUGGGGAAAGCCUUUGGGGAUGUUGUGUUGUCGGCGGCAAAUACCACUUACGGGCCCGGUGAUGUCGUGAAUGUCACGUUUGUUGGGGCCAAUCCUCGGAACAACCUGCGAUUGGAAUCCACAUUUGCGGCCGUGGAAAAGUACGACUCCAGUAAUGGAACGUGGGAGGUAGUGCGCACCGACAGUGAUUGGAACCUUUUGUAUAACUGGGAGAGGACGAGUACCAUCCUGGGGUACAGCGAGGUGACGCUCCAGUGGCAGAUUGAGGAUGACUAUUACAAUACUGGGAACCCCAAUCCUGUGGAGGGCGGAACCUAUCGGUUUCAUUAUUAUGGCGAUUCGAAGAAUGUGCUAGGCACGAUAUCAUCGUUUGAGGGGACCAGUGAGGCGUUUACGGUCGCUGUCAGCUGAAGUGGCCUGUUGACAUCCGAUGGGUGUGCGCUAUAGGAACGGAAUAUAUGCAUCUUAAAUUGCAUCGUUUGCGUAGUCUUCCAGUGAUGUCUAGCAUGGCCAAGGUGGCGGCUUAGUUCUGCGUGAGGCGUUUCGACAGCAGGAUGUAUUGGAGGACUGGGCCAGCUCCAUUCUGCUUCACGGGUGUGCAGAAGAGCGGGUUGCCAAUCGAGCUGCAAAUCCUGGGCCGUUCUUUGUCGCGCGCCAACUCGACUCACGACAGCCAAUUGUUCCACUUUGUGUCCCACCAACACUUGCUG